AUGGCGGUAUCGCUGGAAGAAUUUGUUCACUCCCUUGAUCUAAGGACCCUUCCCAGGGUCUUAGAAAUCCAGUCAGGCAUCUACUUUGAAGGGUCUAUUUAUGAAAUGUUCGGCAACGAAUGCUGUUUGUCAACAGGGGAAGUGAUUAAAAUCACAGGCCUCAAAAUUAAGAAGAUAAUGGCUGAAAUUUGUGAGGAGAAUUCUAGAGAUUCCGAGUCUCAGAAGCCCUUUGAACUGCCCAUGAAUUUUCCAGGUCUAUUUAAGGUCAUGGCGGAUAAAACUCCGUACCUUACAGUGGAAGAAAUCACAAGAACCAUUCAUAUUGGACCUAGUAGACGAGGACAUCCUUGCUUUUAUCACCUGAAGGAUAUAAAAGUAGAGAAUCUUAUCAUAAAGCAGGGUGAGCCAAUAAGGCUCAACUCAAUUGAAGAGAUUGACGGAGAAGUACUGGUGAAUUGCGGUGUGGUAAGGAAUCAUCAGAGUCAUUCAUUCACUUUGCCAUUGUCACAAGAAGGAGAGUUCUAUGAGUGUGAGGAUGAACACAUUUAUACCCUAAAAGAAAUUGUUGAAUGGAAGAUUCCUAAGAACAGAACACGAACUGUGAAACUUACAAAUUUCUCAAAUAAGUGGGACUCGCCCAAUCCAUUCCCUGAAGACUUUCAUGGAACUGUGAUUCUCAAGCCUGUUUAUGAAAUCCAAGGAGUGCUGAAAUUUCAAAAGGACAUAGUCCGGCUUCUCCCCAGUUUAGACGUUGAAGUCAAAGAUAUUACUGACUCUUCUGAUGCUAACUGGUUUCUUCAGCUACUGUCUACUGAAGAUCUUUUGGAAAUGACCAGCAAAGAGUUUCCUAUAGUAGCUGAAGUUAUCGAAGUAGUUCAAGGGAAUCAGCUGCCUCAGAGUAUUCUACAGCCUGGGCAAACAAUUAUUAUCCACAAAAAGUAUCAGGCUUCGAGGAUCCUAGCUUCAGAAAUUCGAAGCAAUUUCCCUAAAAGACACUUCUUGAUUCCCAGUAGCUACAAAGGCAAGUUCAAAAGGAGACCCCGGGAGUUCCCAACGGCCUAUGACCUGCAGAUAUCUAAGACUGAGAAGGAAACUCUCCAUGUGGUAGCCACCAAAGCCUUCCAUACACUUCACAAGGAACUGUCCUCUGUGUCUGUUGGGGACCAGUUUCUAGUGCAUCACUCAGAGACCACAGAAGUUGUCUUUGAGGGAACAAGAAAAGUGAACGUUCUGGCCUGUGAAAAAAUCCUCAGUAAGUCCUACGAGGCAGCCCGGCUUCCUCUGUACAUGGAAGGAGGUUUUGUAGAGGUGAUUCAUGAUAAGAAACAGUACCAGAUUUCAGAGCUCUGUACACAGUUCCGCUGGCCCUUCAAUGUAAAGGUGUCUGUGAGAGAUCUCUUCAUGAAAGAUGACAUUUUGGCCGCUACCCCAGGACUGCAGUUGGAGGAGGAUAUCACAGACUCAUACCUACUUGUUAGUGACUUUGCCAACCCCGGAGAAUGUUGGGAAAUUUCCAUGAGCCGACUGAAUAUGACUGUUCAGUUAGUUAGUAGUAGUAAUUUGUCUAUGGAUACAGGACCAAUUCAAGUUAGGACUCUGGUAGAAGAGAUCACAGAAGAACAAUAUUACAUGAUGAGGAGGUACGAAAGUUCUCCCUCACAUCCCCCGCCUCGUCCUCCCAAGAACCCCUCAGCAGAGGAGAUGAAGUUAACCUUGCUCAGCUUAGCAGAAGAAAGAACAAUACAUCUGCCCAAGUCUCCCAAGAGUCACCAUGCAGACAGAGUCAAGAAACUUCACCCAGCUCAAGGUGGCCUGGAUUCAAGAAUACCAAUGGGUUUUCGAAAUGAUCUGGUUGAUGUGGAGAAGCAGAAGAACAAGCAGCGGCCACUGGAGUAACAAGCAACAAGGUGA